ACAAUUAUUUAAAAUGAUAAAAAUAAUUAACAUAACAUAUGUGUAUAGUGUACGUGAGUUGUGAAGUCAAUAGCUUUUAAAAUUUAACUAUUUGAGUUUUGUUAGGUAUAAAAAAUAAUUAAGGACUUUAGCCUUGCUUAAGUUCAAACGUAUGAAAGUAUUUUGAAUAAUGUUUGUAUUAAUGCAAUUUGGUACUAAUAUAUAAUAUUAGUACCAAAAUUUUCACAAUUAAAGUUAUUUCAAUACAAUGGUUUUGAAUUUUAAAUUUCGCUAUGGGUGGAAAAAAGGAACCAUCUAAAAAUCGAUUAUAUGAAAAAGAGAGAAGAGACCGAUUAAAUGUCAGUUUUGAAGAAUUGCGCACUGUACUGCCUGCAUCAGAAACUAAUGCUUCGUUGGGUAAAGCAGAAAUUAUUAAUCAUGCAGUUGAUUUUAUUAGAAUCUUACAAAGUGAAAAGCUCCAAAUAUCAAACAUAAAUCGUAUAAAUCGUAAAGAAAUAAUAAGACUGAAAAAUAGAAUAGUUCAAUUAUGUAAUAAAAUCAAAUAUCUUUUAUCUCUUUUGAAAGAAUCAAAAAUUGAAGUACCCAAAGAAAAAUCUAACAAAAGAUCAUUAUUGAAAACUCCAAAUAAAUCAAAACCGAUCAAAGAUUCUACUAUAAAAAACAGGUGUAUUCAAAAAUUAAAAAGAAAAUCUAAAUUAUUACCAAAACCAGUUUCUAUUUUAUUACAAAGCAAACCACUUAACCUGCCGGUUUUAGCCACUUCUAACAAACCUACAUUUAUUGUCCCCAAAGGACAUUUAAUUAAAAUUGAAACUACUCCUAUUAUACCACAAUCUCAAAUUGUGUAUGAUGUACCUAAGUUAUUACUUUUACCUGAGUAUAAAAGCUCUGGGCGUUUGAUUGUUCCAAAGAAAAAUGAUGCUACAAGCACUACGUCAGUAAAUAAAAGACCUAUCCCAUCAUUAGCAACCUACAACAGUUUAUUAAAAAAAACAAAUUUUCUAAAUGGUACUAAUAAAACUACAAAUUUGAAUGAUGCAAAUUUAAAAAAAAAAUCUGAGCCCAUAAAGGAAUCUACUAAAAAAAAAAAUCUGGACAAUGAAAAUAUUAGCAAAAAUAAUACUGCAGAAGCUGAUAAACACAAUAGUUUAGAAACAGUAAAAAUUAGUGAUAAUAAAUGUAUACGAAGUCAUACAAUUGAAGCCAUUGUGAAAGAUAUAAAUCAAGAAAAAAAUGAGAAACAGACUGAAAGAGAAGAAAAUAUUUCAAUUGAUAAUGUAAACAGCAGUUCAACUGAAAAUGAAAUAAAAUUUAACAACACUGAAAACGUUAAUAGUAAUAAAUUAUCAAAUGAUCACCCACCUGAUUGUUUGUCUUCAACACCGACGACAUCAGCUGUUGUUAACUCAUUAAGUAUUUUAACUGAAGAAAACCAAAGAAAAUCAAUGGAAACUGCAAAGAAUAUUAUGUCUUGUUUUGAUGAUAUACGUUUGCCCAUGCCGAAUACCGAUUUUUCUACAGAUCUAUUUAGCUCUUUACAGGGACCAGUUGGUGGUCAUCAUGCUGAUUCUAUGUCACCGACUGAAGCAUUUUUACUUUCUUUUCCCCUUGUUUCAACUUCAAAAAAUACAAGCAUUUUAAAUGAAACUGAACACAAUGAUAUACAUUCAGCCACCCCAACAACUAUACUUCAAAUUGGAAAUCUUGAAUCGCCAGCCACAGAAUUAUAUCAGAAAAAUAUAGAAGAUUGUGAAAAAGGUCAAAAUAAAAACAAAACUAAAGAUAGUUAUGGUUAUAAUGAGAAACCUUUUUAUAAUGAAAACUUCUUGGAUAUGAGUAAGAAAAAUGAUGAUAUAUUUGGAUAUAAUAAAGAAGUUAAGAAAUCGAAACCAACAACUACUUCACAGCCUUCCAUCGCAACUUAUCCUAAAACACAUUUUAAUGAUAUUGCUUCAUACUAUAAAACAACACAAUCGAGUUCUGAUCUUUGGAGGUAUACCAGUUAUAAUUCCUAUGAUAAAAAUGUAAGUAAAAAUAUUAAAAAAAACGAUAAAUCUACUUCAACAGCAUUUACAAACAAUGUUCCUUAUGUGCCGUAUGAUAUAAAUCCAACUACAUACAUUGACACAGAAAAUUAUAAUGAAGUUUGGCCCCAUAAACCCAAACAGAAAAAAAAGCAAAAUGAUAAAAAUGUUUUGGUUAAUUGGAUGACAGAUAAGGGUUGUCAAAAUCUGUAUCCCAAGAAAAACGAUGACAGUUAUCAAAAGAAAAACAAUUUCGAUAUGACCUUUGACAUUCAACCUGAGCCCAAACAAACAUAUUCAUGGUCACCUUCGAAAACUCUACCUUUAUUGCCUCAUUUAGAUACAAAUAUGCCUUCAACAUUACCAACUUUAGUAGGCGACUUGGCAUUGAAUAUAAAUACUGGUACAAAUACUCCAUUUGAUCAGCGCCUGUAUGAUUGCAAUAAGAAGAACGACAAUGUCAUACCUAUUACUAGUAAUGAACAAAAUAUGUUUAAUUAUAUAAAUUCAAAAUCACGAUCUGUAAAUUCAAAUUUCUUAUCUGUAAGCCAAUUGGUAGAACAACCCAAAACUAAUGACAAACGUAAAGGAAAAAGUUGUGCUAAGGAUUACUGUUGUGUGUACCAGAAUCAGAAAACCGAUAAAGACUAUUACCAAAAUCAAACAAAACAUUAUUACCCUGAUUCUAACACAUUCGAACAAGAUCAAUCUUGGGUGAGAUCAAAAUAUUCACAUGAUUCCAGUAGAUCAACAAAUCAUAGUGCAGAGUCAUUGAUCAGAAAUCAUCAAAAAAAUAAUUCUAAUUUAAAAUUGAAUCCAAAAAAUCAACAUAUUUUGUCUAAUAAACAGACGACAUAUUAUAAGGCUGGGCAAAAGCCGAGUUAUAGUAAUAACGAAAACAUAAGUAAUUAUUACAAUCAACACAAUAGCAAUUAUUUAUACGACUGUAGAAAUGAUUUAGAUAAACAACCAUCUACGUAUCAAAUAGCUCCUAAUUUCUACAACCCUCCUGUUACAACAAAACAUAAUAUUGCUAAUUAUAUUCCUUUACCUACAACAUUUAAUAUGACAAAUUCAACCUAUAAUAAGCCAAUUCAGCAUUUUACUCAGAAUACAAACAAUUACUACAACAAUAGUAAUAAUGUAAAUACAUUGACCAAUUUCAAUUUGAGUACCAUUUUUCCAGAAAUAAAUGAUAAGGAAUCAAAUAAUAUCACAUCGUUAGAAGGAUCAUCUAAAAAUAACGAAUUUGAUGCUAUAAAUAAUUAUGGAACUGCGAUUCAUCCAACAUUUUGAUAUGGUAUACGAACUCUAUAAAUUCCAGUCUCAUGACAAUUGGCAUUGUUAAUUUUGCAAACUGUGAUUGUGAUAUUAGUCUUAGAUCUUUUCAUACCAAAUGUGUUAUUAAAUCCAUCAACAUGUUAAAAAUUGCUAAAUUAUCUAACUGUGUCUCGUUGAUUUCUGGACAUUCUGAAGAAACUGCAUUUGUAACACUUAAACAUUUAUAUAAAUCUGCAUUUACACCAAGUUUAAAUCUUGAUACGUUUACUUUACUGGCUAACAUAGAGACUUACAGAGUUCUUGAAAAUGUAUUACUCAGUAAUAGCACAUCUAGAGUUAUGUUUAGUGCGUUGAAACUUUUAACAAAAAUGCUACAAUUUCAUGUUAAAUUAUUACCAGAAGAUGUAUGCUCAAUUUGCACUAAAACUACAUUACCAACAACUGUUCUUUAUUUCUUGUUAAAUAAGUUGGAGUUGCUGCAAAAACAUGAACUCUUAAUGAAUGUAAAUUUUGAAGGUUUAAUUGGAUUUUGGACAUUACUUUAUAAAUUACUCAAAGUAGUAAUAAACUUGCCUAGAAUAUCUAUAACAAUUUUAACACCAACUAGACUUAUGUCAUCAUUUAUACAUGUUCUUAAUGAAUUUGUAAAAGGAAAUAUGUACACCAAUCAGUCGUUAAAUGAUCUACCAAUUGUGUGCGUUAUGUAUGUUAUGAUGAAUUUGAAAUUGCAAAAUAAGUGUUUUUUGGAGUUUGUGGAUUUUAGUGGAACAUUAUUUUUUGUGAAAUGCCUAAAUAUUAUUUUUGUUAAUACUACAUUAUACUUUUCUAAGUAUAUCCAACUAUGUUUUAUAAACAUCACAUAUGAGAUAUUUAAGAUGAAAUCAUUUUAUGUUGAUGACAACAUUUAUUGGACUAUUACAAGUGUGAUUAUGAAUAAUACUACAAAUGUUAAUAAAAUAGUUAUGAAUGCUGCGUAUCAAUUAAUUAUUAAAAUUACUUCGAUUAAAUAUUCAUGUUCAAAUGAAGCUGCUGCUCUGAUCCAUUUAAGUUAUUCUAAAAGCUUACGUUUGAAACCCAAAAAUAUUUGCAGAUUUUCCUUUUGGCACAAGUUUACUG